GACUAUAUGAGUGACAGUCUCAGCGAUUUGUAUUAACAACAAAAAUACAUGAUGUCUCUGAAAACCCACAUCUUAUAUUUCGUGGUCACGGUGACUGUAAUGUCCGCACAGCUCUGCAGCGGACACGCUCCUGACACAGCGGAUGUUUUUGAACAGAAGCCAGCGGUACAAGGCAGAAGUGUGGAGUCUGAUAGACAACAUGCAUCUGCUGCUCAAACACGACACGGUUCACUUGCAUUCAAGUUUGACCAACAUGGCGACCGCAGAUUGACUCCAGUGCUGCACAAUUUGUUGGCUGCAAAACUGAAGCGCAUGGAUCCAUCAGUGCACUGUAGUGACAGCUCGAUGACUCUGAAAGUCAAUGGGAUCAGAGCUCCUCACUUUCUCGUGGAUAGCGGUGAGGGAGCCCUUACUCCUUUUUCUCAAAUGCCCUCUCAAUGUGGCUUCUCUGUGAAGAGGUCCCGCAGAGAUGUGCACUUUGCUGCACUUUACCAGGGCUGCCAUGUAACCAAGCAGGAUGGUGAUUACAUAAUACCUCUGCGCUUAGGGGGGACACCGAUGACAAUGUCUUGUCCCGCUGCGUUACCACUACCCUCUGUUUCCUGCUUCCCAUCUGGGAUGGUGGUGAAGAUCAGUGGUAUUGCAGCACAUGGAGUCAAAGUUAAAGUGUCUGGCACGUGGAGGUCCCUUUCAUCGGUGUGUAGCAGUUGUGGAAUUGCUAUUGAGGUGCUCUCUGGAGGACUGACCCUCACUGCACCCUAUAACAGAGGCUCGUGCAUACAGAUCAAGGAUGAGGAGUAUUUACUCUCUCUUCUGUUGGCGGAUGCUGAGCUCUUAGUCACGUGCCCUUCAUUACCGGACAUCAAGCCGACCACUGCAGCAACUACCCCUCCUAGUGACAAAGGCCAGGUCCUGCAGUAUCCUCAGUACCCCCAGUUCCCAAUGUUUCCUCAAUACCCAGUGUUUCCUGGGCCCACUCCUCCACCACACACCCCCGCUCCUACUAAAGGUACAGUGGCUCCGUUGCCUCAGCGUCUACAGUUUCCCUCGGGUGCUGCUACAGACUCUAACACUGGAAACCCAGAAGCACCUGCAGCUCAGUUCCCUGCAUUUUCACUCAUGGCACAGUAUCCACAGUUCGCUCAGUACCCUCUGUUCCCCAGACCCGUACCACCAACGCAAUCCACUGCUCAGAAAAACACGGCUGCGCUUCCAGCCCAGCCACCUCAGAUGCCACAGUAUCCAUUUUCCUUUUUCCCACAGUUCCCCAUGGUACCUGGAAUUUUCCAUCCAGCAACCCCUCCUCCUCCUCCCGCCACUACAACAGAAGCUUUGGUAACCACACCUGCCCCCACCACAAAGCAUGAUGGGAAGCCUCAUGUUCCCCAGCAGCCACACUAUCUAAAGCCCUCUCAUUAUCCUUUCCUGCCAUUCCCAAAAGUCCCGCUGCCUCCACAAGGUCAAACUCCUCAGGAUCCCAAACCUGUCAUCCAGCAGCACAACCCAUACGUGUAUCCUCAGACCUAUCAGAUCCCCGUGCUGUAUCCUCCUCCUAAGUAUCCCUCUCAAAGACAGAAUACUCAAACUGCCGCUCCUGUCACCACCUCACUGACCAGCGCAGCUACGACUUUAAAGCCUGCAGCUCAAAAGCAAUUUUAUUACCCACACCCAUAUAUGCCAGCAUAUUAUGUUCCUCAGAAGGCUCCCAUUCCAGUAUUUCCUGAUCCUCCAACUACGCCUCCCACAAACCCAGCUCCAUCUGAUCAGCAUGAACAUCAGCCUGUGUACCACGCCAUGCCUCCAUUUUAUCCUUUCCCUUCACAUCAAAGGCCAAAAUCAAUUGCAAGAAACUGGUAAAGGUUCUGCUGACUGGAGAAGGAGAAUCAGACUGUCCUUCAUACAUUUAGGUUAACCUCACAGAAUAGACCCACAAAGCUGGAAUAGACUGUCUAAGAGUUUCUUGCUUUGCAUUUAGCAAGAGGGAUUCAAUAUGUAAAUUUUCUGAGGGCAAAAUAAAAUGCAAGGUUAGCUGCACAAUUACUGUCUGAUUUUUUUUAAAAAAAUUUUUAUUUUAAUUUUUUUAUGUAUUGAUGGUUAGAUAUUCAGGGCCGUAGCUAGAUUCUAGAAACACUGGUCCACUGAGACAGUGCCCACCUUAAUUUAUAAUCAUUUAUAUAUUGUUUUUAAGAAUUUAUUUGCAUUAUUUUUUUUCUGUACAUUUUAUUUCUCAAGCAUGAAGGCUGUGUGUAGGGCUGCAAUUAACACUUGUUUUCUGAUCAAUUAAUCCACCGAUUAUUUUCUUUAUUAAUCGGCUGCUCUAUACAAAAUGUCAGAAAAUAGUGUAGAAAGGACAAUCAUAAUUCCCCAGAGACCAAUGUGUCAUCCUCAAAUUGCUAGUUUUGUCCAACCACCAGUGCAAAACCUAAAGAUGUCCAUUUACUAUUAUGAAAGGCUAAGAAAACUAACAAAUGCUCACACUGAGGAGGCUGAAAGAACU